AGUCCGGCCGGGAGGGGCCGAGCGCCUUCCUCCGCUGUCAACUGGAGGAAAGCGAAAGUGAAAGCGCCUGGUGCCGAGGAAACGUAACUGGAAGCGGGGCUGGUCGCUGACUCGGCCGGGAGGCUCAGGCUGCGGGCAGAGCGGCGGCGGCGGCGGCAGAGGAGGAGACGGCACCGCUCGCUUCUGAAAGAAAAUGGCGACCACUGAAUUAGGAGAGUCCGAUGCUUCAUACAAAUAUGUGGAGGAACUCCAGCUUCAUGCUGGGAAAAUCAAAGAGAUCUUGGUCUGGAACGAGUUACAAAGUGGACCACCUCAUGACAUUGUGUUCAUAACUAAUGCAAGGAUUGGGGAAAGAAUAUUUUCCCAAGCCCAGGGCAAAACAAAGAAGAAAGCUAAACAGAAUGCAGCUAAAAUUGCCUGUGAGGAAUUGGGUCUUCAAAAUGCAAGAUCCAAUCAGUCUUUUGACAGCACUUCCCGAACACCAAGUCCUGCCAGUACGGAUAAUUACAUCAGCAAGCUCAAUGACUACAGCCAGAAGAAAACAGUGCGCGUUGAAUACGUUGAUGAACAGAUUGCGACCGGGAUGGAUCACGUACAGAAGUUUAGGGUUCAUGUUGUCAUUGGGAAUAAGAAAUAUCCAGAAGCCUUUGGGAGAAGCAAACAAGAGGCCAGGCGGGAAGCAGCAAAACUUGCCUAUGAGGAAAUGCAGGAACAGCAAUCGCCUUUCAAGAAUCUGGAUAAAUCACCAGUUGAAGUGAGGAGUGAGGAAGAUUCCAAGGGUGCAGCUGAAUACUCGCCGAACAACAAUCCCAAAAGUUCAACAGAAGAUCAAAUGGUGCAGAGUGAGGAGAUGAGUGAUAUAUCCUCUGGCUCAACCUCCAAUGACAACUCCAAAGAUUUCAGCUCCAGAACGUCCGCCAGUGGUUCCACAAAUGUAAUUGGAGAAAUAAAUGAAAUUUGCCAAAAGAUGAAAUGGCACCUCAAGUUCGAGCAAGUGGACAGACGUGGGCCUUCACAUGUUCCAGAAUUCAGUAUAAAAUGUUUAGUAGAAGGAAAAGAAUUUCCAAGUGCCACUGGGAAGACCAAGCAAGAGGCCAAGCAGAGAGCUGCCCAACUUGCUUUGGAUGAACUGAAGACAUCCAGUGAUAUGUCUUGGGCAUCAGGGAACAUGUCAAACAGUUCUUCACAAUCUUGGAUUGUAAUCAAGGAUAGUUCCACUCCUGGCGAUAGGCCCAAACCCACAUCAUCUGAACCUUCUACACCCAGCAUGCCGAGCACAAGUGGAUCCAGAAUAAAAAGGCAAUUAGCACCGACGUGGACUGUUGAAACGGCACCCUAUCAGGACGAUGGACAAGAUAAAAAGAGGGGGGCGAUGAGCUUUGAUAACUUUACAGAUAAAGAAAUAAUUGGUAAAGGUGGAUUUGGCUGUGUAUACAAAGCAAAAUAUAUCCUCGAUGAAAUUUACUAUGCUAUAAAGGAGGUUCCUUUCAAGGAUGACCGUACAAGACGUGAAGUCACCUUGUUGGCAAAGCUGGAACAUUCCAACAUUGUCCGAUACCACACUUGCUGGACUGAAGAAAGAGAUAACAAGAAAUAUCUGUACAUCCAAAUGAAGUUAUAUGGGAAGAACUUGAAAGAUUGGAUAGAAGAUUUUAAAAAUUAUCAGUCCAAGAAGAAAUUUAAUUCACUGGACAUAAUGCGUCAAUUAUUAGAUGGAGUUGAAUACAUUCAUCUGCAGGAUCUGUUUCAUCGAGACCUGAAGCCGGCGAACGUCUUCCUGACAGAAGAAACCAAGCUGGAGGCAAAGAUCGGUGACUUUGGUCUCGCUAGAGAGAUAGACCAGAACCCUCUCACCAUGAACGCGGGAACAUUUCCUUACAUGAGUCCGGAACAGUGCGCACAACAUGACUACGACCAUAAGGUCGACAUCUUUGCCCUGGGGCUGAUUUUCUUUGAGCUACUGUGGAUGUAUCACGGCACAGUAUCAGAAAGAUCACAUACUUGGAUUGAAAUUCGCAAGGGAAAGUUUCGUGAGAGUUUCGUUAAGGAGCAUCCCGCUGAGAGCGCCUUAAUCCAGAAAAUGCUGUCGGAGGAUCCCAAGGAACGGCCAGAGGCAGCUGAGAUGAAGCGAGAACUGGACGCUUUGUGUGUGCAAACCAACGAAGAAGACAAGGAGAAAGGCAAGGAGGAAGACAAGGAGGAAGACCCUCCCCAGAUACCCAUCUCUGAUCAGAAACCCAAUUAACCAGCUACUUUCCUAUAGAGAAAUCUCCUCACAUUCUCUCUACAGCUCUCUUUUAAUACUUAUUUUUUACGAUAAUAGUUUCACAGCUGCACCAAGCAACGUGCGGUGUCUGCUUCUAUCAUUCGAGAUUGGUUUCUGGGGGCACCUUAACGUAAGAUUCCUAUCAAUGCCACAGGGAAUAACUUUUAAGGCAGAGCGGGUGAAAGGUCACUGAGGGUGAAUGGGAAUAUAGAUUUGAACGUACAGUCACAGAAGCUUAUUAAAUGAUGGAAUAGGCCGGAAGGGCAGAGUAGCCUCCUAAUUCAUAUGUUUGUUUGAACAUUUGCAUGCUCACAAGGCAGCAUUAAAAAAAAUAUUAAAUCCCUGAUAUUCAGAGAUUUUUACAAUUGAGGUAAUUUUUUUUGUAAGGAUAUGAUCAUUCCCAUUCCACAGGGAGAGAAUUCCCGCUGGUGAGUCUGUCUGAGAUCCGGUGCGGGAUUCCCCUGUGUAGGGCUGGGACAACCCACCCAGCCAGAGCUUCGUCCCUAGACUCGGAGUUGCCACUCAGUGGGUCCCAGCUUUGUGGUAGAUCUGGGGAGGGUGGGCAUGGCAGUGUGAGUGGCUGGAAGUCACCAGACCCCUGUUGUGUAGGAAGGAACUGCAGAUGCUGGUUUAAACUGAAGAUAGACACAAAAUGCUGGAGUAAACCAGCAGGACAGUCAGCGUCUCUGG